CAGGAUGGCGCAACGCAUGCGCGGCUUAGGAUGGCUGAGUGACACCAGAGAGGAGGCGGCGGGAGCGGCAGAGGACCGGGCAAGUUUUAGGGUCGGUUUUAACGGACAACGCUAGGCAGAGGGUCGAGAUAGUAGUUCGCACAUCGCCACUAUGAUGCGCUUCAUGCUGCUGUUCAGCCGGCAGGGCAAGCUGAGGCUGCAGAAGUGGUACAUUGCCAUGUCGGAGAAGGAGAAGAAGAAGCUCGGGCGAGAGCUGAUGCAGAUAGUGCUUGGCCGCAAGCCCAAGAUGUGCAGCUUUCUAGAGUGGAAGGACCUGAAGAUUGUUUACAAGAGGUAUGCUAGUCUGUACUUCUGUUGUGCAAUUGAAGAUCAAGACAAUGAACUCCUGACCUUGGAGCUCAUCCACCGUUACGUGGAGCUUCUAGACAAAUAUUUCGGCAGUGUGUGUGAACUGGAUAUAAUCUUCAACUUUGAGAAGGCCUACUUCAUUCUGGAUGAAUUUAUCAUGGGUGGAGAGAUUCAGGAUACUUCGAAGAAGAAUGUCUUGAAGGCCAUCGAGCAGGCUGAUCUCAUGCAGGAGGACGAUGAGUCGCCUCGCAGUGUUCUGGAGGAGAUGGGCUUGGCUUAGCUCGCUGCGGACUUUAAAAGGGACAUCUUGCUCAGUUAGGGUGGGGGGAGGCAAAGGGGAAAAAAACACUAAACACUGCGUAAUCUGGACUGUCUGGCGUCGCUGUCUGUCUGAAAUAAAUGAUCGAAAUCUGCACCCCCAAAUACCCUCUCGCCCAACCUCUGGUUUCAUCCAGCUCUCCAGAUAGUGAGAACCUGGAGCCAGCGAUCUGCUCUGCACCCACAGCUGGAGAAAAUGCGGCAGCCAAGACUGGGGUGGGGGCAAACUGGGGUUAUUGUCAUUAGUGGGAAGGGAUAGUACAAAACCAGGACCGGAGCAGAGGACGUUGGAGAAGGUGUUGGUGCUAUUAACGAGCAGGUGUAUUUGGGGGAUGCCACAUAACCAGGAUCGGAUCUGUAGUGGGAUUAAGCAGGUGGGGAAAGUGUUGGAGUUACUAGAGACUACAGAUGCUGAAAUCUGGAGCAAAACGUAAAACGCUGGAGGAACUCAGCAGGUCAGGCAACAUCAAUGGGGAGAAAUGGACAAUCAGUGUUUCAGGUUGAGGCCCUUCAUUUGGGAAGGUGUUGAAACCUAGCUGGAUUCUCUAGUAGGUCAAGCUGUUUAGAGUCUGACACAAAAGGAGAACUGGAUUCUUAGUGGGAGAGGUGAUUUGGGGAAUGAUGCAAAACCAGAACUGGAUCAGUGGGAGAGGUUUAUUGCGGAAUGAUGUGCAAUCUGAAUUGGAUCAGUUGGAGAGGUCAAUUGGGGAAUAUGUAAAACCAGAAAUGGAUCACUGGGAGAAGUUAAUUGGGGAAUGAUGCAAAUCCCGAACUGGAUCAGUGGGAGAGAUGAUUUGGGGAAUGUAAAACCAGGACUGGAGGUUUUAUUACAGAUCCAUACACAGGAUUUUCAAUCCUUGCUCAAGUACUCCAUAAGUGAAGAGGCUAAUGCUAAAGCCAAUUUAUUUUCUUGUAUACAUUUUCCAGAGUGUGACAAAAAAAAACAAUGGAAGGGGUUUUCACACUUCCUUGAUUUCACUUCCACUGACUAGCCUCAACAGUGUUUCUGAAGUGUUUGCCUGUGGGCAUGGGAAUCCUAUAGAAGGUGUGAGGAAUGACGUUCCCAUUCCCUUUCUCCGUCUGUCAGUAAUACAGGAGCCACCCGCUACAUUCCACAGUGGCAGAUAGAAUGAUGUCUCACAGCGCCAGAGACCUUGGGUUCAAUCCUGACCUCUGUUGCUGUCUGUGUGGAGUUUGCACGUUCUCCCCAUAAGCAUGUGGGCUUCCCCCAUCGCAGAGAUGUGCAGGUCGAAAGGUUAAUUCACCUUGGUAAAUUUCCCACAGUGUGUAGAUGAGGUGUAGAGUCUGGGGUGGGGGGCAUUGAUUGGAAUGUGGGGAGAAUAAAUAUUAAAAUUAAUGUAGAAUUAAUUGGUUGAGUGUGUAAACUGGAUGGGCUGAAGGGCCCAUUUCCUUGUGUUUCUCUCUGACUAGUAUUAAUGGAGAGAACUGAUCCGGGGUGGGUGGGGUGAAGAUAAUGGAGUGGCUGUAUGGGAUGGGGAAGGGAGUUCUGUUGUUGAGCAGAACUGACCAGUAUACCGGCAUGUUAAUGGCAAAAUAAUUGACAAGAGUCUGGCCAAACACUGUGCCAAUCAGGACUGUAUAUCUAUGCGAAAUAUUUUUGACAAACCUUUAGGUAGAACUUUUUGCUGGGAUCUAUAUCACCAGAAAGGGGAAGGGAGACAUAAUAUUUACUCUUUAAGCGCAUGGAGACAGAAAAUCGAGGAUCAAAUAAUUACUGUAGUUUGAACAGUUGGUGAGAUGCUCAAUUGGGGAUCUUCCAGUUGAUUUAUGUGGGAUUUGGUUUUGCUUUUUUUUUAAUGAUGAGGGUGUCAUUCUCCCUCCCCCUGUGUGUCUCUGUGUCUGUCUGUGUCUAUCUUUGUGUGUAUGAGAGGGUGAGAGGGACUACAGUGUAACAUCAUCUGAAGAUGGCUUAAAUACUUUGAGUGAGCUGGAUGGGGUUUUGUUCUCACUGCAUGGGCGGAGCUGCUUGAACCAUUCUCAUUAGAUCAUUCAUUGUUACAUUUGUCUGUUCCAGCACUACCUGGCUACCAUGUUUUGUAGGUUACAACAACACUACAUUUGGCAGGGAUAGAAUGGUCUGAGAAUGGUAAAAACACAGGAAGAGACCACUUGGCCCAUUGAAUACCUCAGCAAUCUCCUCAGUUCUUUUAUUGAAGCCCUACAUUAGUCAGUGUCCAUCAAGUUUCCUUUCACAGGCUCUGCUUUCACCUUGUAUCUUUUGUCUAAAACUGAAUCAGGGUCUCCCCUACACUGUUGCAAACUCGUGCAUUUGCCACCCAUUGAAGCCACAUCUUGUCCUUUGCUGGGACCAUCUUGGCUGCUCAGUGUAUAAAGUAAUUUGAUCCAGAUUACCUGAUGCUCCUUUUUUGUAAAAAUUCUACACUUCUGCUGGCAUGUCCACUUAAGAUGAGAGAGUGCAUUUUUUUCUGUUAGUUUUGCUUGUAAUCACAUAUCGAUAAAGGCCUCCAACUCGGCAGGUAUGCUCUCCCAGCUGUGUGCUUGCACAGCCUACCAGCAUUUUUACAGUGUCCUUGCAGUUACACCACAGAGUACAUCCUUUGACCUUCAGCCACAGACAGAUCAGUAGACAGAGCACAUGGGUGUAGCUAUCAGAAGGUUAAGUCCUGCCCACCCAUCGGAGAGCAUCUGCUCCUUUCAAACUUCCCAUAACUCACUUUAGGACAAACCAUCUUGUGUGUUUUGCAAGUCACCCUUUGGAUUCAAGAGAGGCAAAAUCCACUUCCUCCGUGACCUCUCGGAUAUCUCCAGAGGCACACACUUAGGAAUUGUCCCUUCCCAUGCCACAAGGUUGUCCUCUCCUCUCCUCAUCCAACCUGACAUUAGCCAGUCAACAAUAACAGCAAAAGAAGUUAUGAAAUCACAUGACUAGCACUAUGUGACCUUUCAAAACUGAUGUCCCUUCAUUUUAAAGAAAACUGACAUUUUGUACAACUCACAUUCCUGUUUUUGUAAAAAAAAUACUAAACCUGAUGCCACAUCCAUUUAAGAAGAGAGCUUGCAUUUUUUUUUUGUUUUACCUGAAAUCCCACAUCACUGAGGUCCAGGACGGGGGUUUCCAACCCGGGGUCCACAGACGCCUCAGUUCACAGUAGGGGUCGAUGGCAUAAAAAUGUUGGGAACCUCCGGUCUAGGAUAUGACGAAAUCCCUUUGUGUUGACCACCUUAUGCUGGUUUGAUGUCUCAUUCUGGCGACUGCAUCUCCUUUUAUUCAUUUGAGAGAGAUGGGUGCCUUCCUAAAUGGCAUAGGACUUUUGAGCUUACUGCUCUGUUUAAGGGACAUCUAAGAAUCAGGGGCAUUGUUGAAAUAAAGGGGUUGCCUGAGGAGGAAAUAACUUGAUUAUAGGCCAUCUUCAGGCUAUGAAUAUGGACAUCCAAAUGAACUCCCAUUAUAUUAAAUUCAAAAGCCCGAUGGCUGAAUUAGUUUCUUGCCUGUCUUCAUUGUUAGGUCUUUCUUAUCAGUCUUGUGUGCUUUGGUACCGUUCAAUACAAGGGGAGUUCCAGUUACCAUGUUGAGAGAUUUUUGUGUCGAGUCUGACUUGUGAACAAAAUUAACUAGAAGACUGAGCUUGUUCAUUACUUAGCAGAGCCCAUUCAUUGGACUUUAAGGGGAAUGAAAGACAUGGGAGGACGAAUCCCAGAGGAUUGAUUCCCCUUGGGAGGAGGUAAUUUGAGGAUGAUGAGUUGCCUAUUUUAGACAGGAGUGGGAAAUUUCUUCAAGGGACUGUAAAGCCUGUGGACUUUCUCCACCCAAGCAGCAGCAGGUUAAUUCAAGGGAGAGAAGGGCUUUUGGGCUGCAGGGCUGGUCAGGAUCAAACUGCACAGUGCAGUUGGGACAAAGGCCAAAACAGCCAUGAUCUCAUUGACUGAUGGAACAAUGUCCAUACGUCUGUGGGUUCAGAGCCUGUAUCGGGUAAGGGGAGCAAAUUCCCUUCCCUAAGCAACAUUGGUAAAUCAUGUAGGUUUUAAUGAUUGGUAGUUUAAUUAACUAAGUUUAAGCUACCCAGAUGCCGUGGUGGGCUUUGAACUAGCUACCCUGGAUCAUGAGACUUCAUAGGUGGUGGGAGGAUGCUGAGGGGGCAGAACUUAACAGGAAUGCCUCCUGUGCUGGAAAGGUUCUGUGGACUGCCUUAAAUAAGAAAUUGAGGCAGAGGAGAGUAACUAGAUUUGAAAUUUGUCAUGAUUUUGUACACUCUUUCUGACAGUUAAUUUCACUGAAGCCAGUGUAGCCAGAUCUUGGAAGUGACUUAAUGAGAGCUCAGUGCAGGCAACUGCAUGUUGCACACUUAACUACCACUGACUUUGCAGUCAGAUUGAUGUCAGAUUUCAGAUUAAUCAAUCCAUACCUCUCUUCUAUCUGGAAUUUUGAAUGUUUAUUUUUGGACUAUUGUGGAGUGAAGAUAUUCAUGUACAGUAUAUCUGUGAAAUUUGAUGUUUUAUUUAUUAAACAUUAAACAGGUAC